CCUGAGGAAAACAUCAACCAAAUCCCCAUUUUCUUUUAAUCUACCCUUAUACACCUGCCCAAGUGAGGCUGCUGCUAUUGGAGAAGUGGUGAGCUCUGAAUAGAUGUUUGGUGAAAGUGUAUGAUGAGAUUAUUUUGAUGAAGGCAAAGGGAUUUGUAGCAAAUUCUUUCUAUAGCGGUUUAACUGCUACUGAGUUUUUCUAUAAGAAAGAAUAUCAUUUGCUGCUUUACAAAACCCUAUAAACGACAUCGUUUGCUGCUUUACAAUUAAAACCCCAAUUUUGGGGAAAAAACAAAACAAACACCGUGUUUAGGUGUGUGCUGUCAUAAAAAUCAGAAGUGAUGAGGGAGGAGCUGAGACGAGGAGAUGGAAGUGGAUCGAAGUAGGAAACACAAUUUGAGGUUAUUUGGUUGAAAGAAAUUGAGAUGCAGAGGGCAUAUCAAGCGUACAUGGGUUGUCAAUCCCACUGUGCUGUUGUGUAGUCAAGGGAACACAACUAAGAGGAGGGUAGUCGCCAAUAGCGGCAUCAUUGAGAGGGAAACGACGACGCAAGCGAUGCCGCCCAGCUGGAAAUCGCCGGAAAAGGUUUUGUGAUGAUAUCUUAUUAUGACAUUCGACAUGCACGAAUUGCAAUGAGGGAGCUUCAGAAUAAGCCUCUGAGAAGAAGAAAGCUAGACAUUCAUUUUUCUAUCCCUAAGGAUAACCCAUCAGAAAAAGAUAUUAACCAAGGGACUCUUGUUGUUUUCAACUUGGAUUCAUCAAUUUCCAGUGAUGAUCUUCGUCACAUAUUUUCAGCUUAUGGGGAAGUCAAAGAGAUUAGGGAAACACCAAACAAGAGACACCAUAAGUUUAUUGAAUUUUACGAUGUUAGAGCUGUUGAGGUGGCAUUGAAAGCUCUAAACGGGAGUGAAAUUGCUGGCAAAAGGAUAAAACUUGAACACAGCAGGCCUGGUGGUGCUCGUAGAAGCAUGAUGCAACAACUGAGUCAAGAACUGGAACAAGAUGAAGCUCGAGCUUUAUGGCACCAUGUUGGUUCACCUGUCAUCAACUCUCCACCUGGAAGUUGGUCAUCAGGUUUUGGAACCCUUAGCCCUGUGAACACCACCCCUUUACAUGGGCUUGCAUCCAUACUUCCACCACAUAUAUCAAACCCCAUGAAAAUUUCACCAAUUGGAAAAGAUCAACAAUCAAGUUCAAGAUCUUUCCCUGAUCAUCAUAACACAUCAUCAUCUUUUCUUGAUUCCAAAUUUGACCCUUCUUCUAGUAUUGGUACCCUGUCUGGCCCUGAGUUUCUGUGGGGUAGUCCAACUACUUAUUCUGACCACCAAAGUAAUUCUUGGCGGGCAUCUCCGGUGGGCCCGUUUAGUCCUAGUCAGCAUGGUACAUUCCUGGGACCACCACAUCAUCAUGUAGGCUCUGCGCCACCUGGCAUACCUCUUGACAGGUCAUCGUUAUGGUAGAUAAUCUAUGGUUCAGUUAAAGAGGAAGGGUAAAAGGGGAAAACAGUCCUUACCAAUGACCAAUAGGGGCAACAGAGGUAAUUUGGGGACUACUAUGAAACUCAAGGCAGGAAGGGUAAAAAGGGAAAACAGUCAUUGUUGGGUUUAAUGUUCAUCACUCUUGUUUGGUAGAUUUAUAAGUUUAUUGUUAUUAGUUGUAAUUAGUUGCAAGGAUUUGGUAACUUUCUAUAUGGUGCUGUCAUAUUUUUGGCAUUUUUUGUUCCGGUUUGUAAUAUGUACAUUCCCAAC